AUUUAGAACUAUGUUUUUGUGCAAUCAUUUCCUGUGAGAUGUUGUAAGGCACCAUAACAAAUUUUAUAAACAGUAGAAAUGUUGACAGAAUUAUAGUUUCUUUUCCAUUAUCGGCGUGUCACUUUGUAAAAUAAAUUGAAGAUGACUGGGAAAAAAGUGUUAUUGAUUUUAAUUUUGAUAAUGACAAUUUUUGCCAUUCAUGCAGUGAAAAAUAAAAGCAAAAGGGAUACUUUCACUUCAGGAAAUGGUUGUUUUUGUAAGUUACAAGGAGAAGUAGAUGAUUGUUCCUGUAAAGUUGAAAGUCUGGAUUCUCUCAACAACCGGAUGAUUUAUCCAAGAAUGAAGAGCCUGCUAUCAAAGGAUUACUUCAGAUAUUUUAAGGUAAAUCUAAAUAAAGAGUGUCCAUUCUGGGCAGACGACAGUAGAUGUGCCAUGAGAAACUGUGCCGUUAAUGUUUGUUCCGAGGAACAACUUCCAGAUGGAUUGAAGGCACAGACUGAGCAGCAUGAUGAGAACAAUGAUGAGGCACAGAAGGAUUGUGAUGGUGAAGACCUUGGAUAUCUUAAUACUACUAUCAGUGAAGAAAGGGAAAAGGCUUUCCAGAAUUGGACCAAAUAUGAUGAUGCACAAGAAACAUUUUGUGAAAUGGAUGAUGACACUUCCCCUGACAUGAAAUAUGUAGAUUUGUUGUUGAAUCCGGAAAAGUAUACUGGUUACAAGGGGGAAUCACCACAUCGUAUAUGGAACAGCAUUUAUAAUGAAAACUGUUUCAAAGCUCCAGAGCAACCUGCCUAUAACCCACAAGCUUUAUCAGCAAAAAAUUGCUCUAACACUGAUGGUGCAUGUACAAUUAAGAAAAAGAAAAAGGGAAAACAUAGAGAAAAGAAUCAUUUAAAAAACAAUACAAGUUAUAAAAGGCAAUUUGACGAGUUGAUGUCAGGACAUUGUGGAAAUUCACAAGAUUAUUCCCUGGAAGGUUUAUGCCUGGAAAAACGAGCAUUCUACAGGAUGGUAUCUGGUUUACAUACCAGUAUAAAUAUACAUCUAUGUCACAACUACCUCUUUCCUGCUUCAACAUGUUAUGGUAAAGAGGAGUGGGGUCUCAAUCUAGAGGAAUUCCAACAAAGAUUUGAUCAUGCUCAGACAGACGGACGGGGACCACAGUGGCUGAAGAACCUGUACUUUACCUAUCUUGUGGAACUGAGGGCACUGGCUAAAGCUGCUCCAUACUUUGAAGAGGAAGGGUUUUUCACUGGUGAUGAAGAAGAGGAUGCAGAUGUGAAGCAGGGGGUCCAAGAUUUACUUAGUGUUAUUAAAGAAUUUCCAGAGCAGUUUGAUGAAAGUAAACUAUUCAAAGGAAAUAAAAAAGUAGCCAGGGCUUUAAAAAGAGAGUUUCGGGACCAUUUCCUCAAUAUAUCUCGAAUUAUGGACUGUGUUGGUUGUGAUAAAUGCAAACUUUGGGGAAAAUUACAGGUGCAAGGUAUGGGAACAGCAUUGAAAAUUCUGUUCUCAGGUGAUGGAAUGGGACCACAAUCAAUUGUGAAAGCAGGGUCCAAAAAUAAAUUUCAGCUCAGAAGAACAGAAAUUGUCUCCUUAUUUAAUGCCUUUGGCAGGUUGUCUUCAAGUAUACAUGCUAUAGAAGAAUUCCGUAGACUGUUAAGAUGACAGCUUUCAAGAUCAGGAAGACACAACGGAUGUGGACCGGGAAUGUGCAUUUCUUCUGUCUUUCAAUUUUGAGGAUGAAAUCUUCAGCGAGUGGGAUGUACAGCUUACACAGUCUCCGACAAGGUUUAAAAAUUACCUUUCCAGGAUGUGUAUUAGUAUGUAAUGACAAUAAGGUCUUAAUCAUACCAACUGGUCUGCUUUUAUGAGGGAUUAAACUAGAAUAGAUUGCAGUCUUGAAAUAACAAAAGCAGUAAUAUAUCUGCAUUUAGGUUUAACACUUUUCAGCUUUUAGGUCAAGGUUGUCAUUUAAUUCAAUAUAUGAAAAUUUUGGCAUAAAGUGUACAUGAAAGAAUGAUAGAGGUAAAAAAUUGCCAGAUUACAUACAGACGGAAGGGAAAUAACUAGUUGGUUCAAUGCAUAAUAUGUCAUAGCACAGAGUGUUCAAAGCUUUUUGAAGAAAACUAGGUACAGUGAAGGUCCUUAUGUUGUCUUCAUAUUGUCCAUUACUGCUGGGGUUGUAUUAAGAAACCAGAUAUUUUAUACAGUGCUAAACAUUCCAAAUAUGUCUCAAGACAGUUUGUGAUUGUAUAUGAGGUGCCUAAUUGUUUUUUCUUUGAUGUUAAAUAAGAUCCUUUUAUAAAUGUUUUAACUGUUACUACAUUUUGAACAAAGGUCAGUACUUUAAUUUAAUGUAUAAAGGUGUAUUCUCAGUGAAAGAAUAUUUAAACAACAAUUGCCCAAAAGGAAAUAUACUGUGAUUUAUAUAUAGAAUUGUAUAUAGGUAUUUUCAGAUUCAGUAUGGCCUAUUAUAUCUGGCAAAGGUGACAUACCAUUUUAUACAAUAAUUGUAUUAUUCUAACACACACUCAAUUUAUUUAUCCUACUUAACAAAGACAGCUAAAAGUGUGAUGUUAGUGUGCAAUAGAUUUUUCUUAAAUCAUGUUAAAUUGGCUCUUCCAUGAAAUGACCGUACAUCAUUACUGACAAUUUAUCAUUGAAAAUCAAAUGACUCGCAAAUACUGACAGUUUUACUUGUGCUG